CGGAUAGUAUAAAAGUAAUGAAAUUUUUCAAGAAUUAUAUCACCAACGAUGAAGCCUGUUUUGCUUUGUUUUUGUGUAAGUUUUUUAUUUGCAGCUGUUCUUUGCAAGAUCAACUUUUCCGAUUCUUAUGAGGAGAAUAUGGACAAAAUAAUCGAGGAAUGUCAGUCGAAUCCUGCAACUAAAGCAUCAGAAGAGUGGUUAGAAACAGAAGAUCUAACAACUGCGGAUGAAGAAGGGCCUCAUAUCCUUUGUCGACUUACGAAAAUAGGGAGCCUGGAUGAAAAUGGAGAUAUCAAUGUCGAGAACAUGAGAGAAGAUUUGAAAACUGGUAUUGAUGAUCCAAAGGUUAUUGAAAUCAUAAUGGAGAAAUGCGGAACUAGGGAACCGAAUACUACAGCUAUAGAAAGUGCCGUUGCUAAUUUUCAAUGUGUUCUUUCCAGUUAUGAAGAUCUUCAUUCCUAAGUUUAUUUAUGUUCAAAUAUUCAUAACACGAGUAGAGAAUAUUGAACAGUUAUUCACAUUGUUAAGUUCUUGAAUAAAUAAACCUCAUAUCAUUUAAUCUAAAAAACAGUUUACAUUUCGUUUUUAUUUCUCAUUAUAUUCUAAGUAGUUUAUAAUCGCUUGGAAUAUAUAAAGUUUUUAUAGAUGUUUUGUUUUUCUUUGCUUACAAAGAGUAUAUUCCAUUUUUUAUUCACAUAUGAUUUCUCAUUCAAAAGUUGAAAUUGGAAAAACAUAACUCACUUUUUUCGCUGAUUUUAACACUCUCUAUUAUAAUGUUGGUGCCAGUUAUUUCGUUAUAAUAUGGGUCUAAAUGAUUAUAAAAAUCAUUUUAUCCACUUUUACAGUUGAAAAUCAUCAUUAUUGUCGUUGUAAAGUAUCGAAAUUCAUACUCAAUAGAUUAGCACAUUCCAAAUUAUUUUUUCUGGAAUACACAAAUACUCAAUAUUAUGGUAAUCGAAAUAUGAAUAUCUAUAUUCACGAGGUUGCUGAACUUCAUAAUAAUGAUUGUAAAUAUCAUUAAUUAUUCAUUAGCUGGGUUCUUAAGUACUCAUCUGGAAAAAGCAAAAGAGACAAGACAACUUUUGUUAUAUAAUUUAUAUAAAAUAUACAAAAACAAACGUGUACUCUAAUGAAUACAAUAACCUAUAAAAUGAGUGGUUAUUGGAUAUUUAAAAUGGUUACUUUCUUCUUGGUUGGAGGAAGGAGAGAAACAAUAUGUUGUAAAAAUGACAUUUCUGAUAUGAUUAGAAAUACAAGUUUCGGUAGUUUUUAGGAAAAAAUCUAUUAAUUGAAACAGAAAGAUUCGAUACCUUUCAUAUUAUUACCUUAUCUUAUUACAUGAAUCAACCAGGCAAAUAACUAUGUUCUUGUCAUGUCAAUGUGAUAUCUGCCCCUACUUAAACAUACUAAUAAUGUUGUGAUAUUGUGCGAGAAUACUUAUCAGACAUUUUGUCAGUACCCUUGGGAAAAUAACCAUCCGGCAGAGAAGGGGUGGGAAAACCUUUUAUAAAAAAAAUUCGCUAUUCGUAGACUCUUUAUCUAUAUAUUUCUCAUCUUAAACUACUUCUCUUAUAUACGGAAUAUUAUACUAAUACCUAUAAUUUAGGUUGAAGGAACGCUACUGCUGGAAUCUUGGAUACUAUCAAUAUCAGUCUUGUUUUACUCCAGCAAUAUCGUUAAUGUCGAUAUAAAUAUCACUUCCAUUUAAAUUAGUUUUAGCCAAUUUGUGUUUUCUACCACUGAAACGGAUAAAUAUUUCCCAAAAGAACAUUUUUUACCGUUUGAUCGACUCCAUUUCUCUUUAGACGAUGCUGGUAACGCUCUACCCUACCUGAAAAUUACCUAAACUUCCUUGACGAUCUAUUACACUCAUAUAUCCAUUUUCUUCACUUAACGGAACGAUUUUCUUAUAUAUAUAACGAACUUGCUAUAUUUUCUGCUUUGAAGCUAAAUUAAAAUAAUAAUCACUGUAUAGGUAUAAUCACCACCAAGUUGGAAUGUCUGGAACCGUUGAUGAUACUGCAUCAACGUCAAUGUACUUUUGGUAUCUGAACAUAAUAACUUCACUAACGAAAUAAGCGUUCGACAGUGUAAUUGCGAGUGUUCUUGUAGUAGUAGUAGUGAAUAGUAUCUCGACACGAGUCUUGGAGAGUGGUGGAGACAGGAAUGAUAGUCAUCCACACUCUCGAUUUAUUGUAAAUUCACGUCGUCAGGUAAUUUGGCUCGCGCCCGAAAAAUCAACACGUAGCGGAGCGUCAGGGAGGCACCGUCAGGGCACCGUCUCCACUAUCGCAUUCGCGUUCCUAAGAGUAGCUUUAUGAAGAGGUCAUAUCCCGCAAAUUUUUGCUCAUAAACUAUUUAAUUUAUUUUUAAAUAGAUACAUUCCUUGGCGCUUUGAUAUUGACAACUUUUAUGAUUAUAUUCAUAUAUAGAUAUUAAAAUAAAAUAUAUUUAGCUAUACUAAAAA